UUCAGCGGUUCAUGUCAUACAGUAUGUGAGCGCUGUACAUCAGUCUACCCCAACCCCUGAGGUCGAGACUGAGCAUUUUAAGCAGGAAGGUUGUGGUGUGAGGGUGUGAGCACGGAAAGCGCUCUAAGAACACAGGACUAGGGAACACCGAUAUGUCCAUCGACGCGCACGCCAGUCCAUUCCAACGCGCUCCAUAACGGGAUUUCUGCGCCAUUCCGAGCGCGUGUCACUGCGCAGGGCCGGAGACGAGAGACGGCGGAGAACGCACGCAGGACGGGCAGGAAUACGAUGAUCGCGGACAUUCGUAAAGCGAACUCCGUGGCCAGCUGUGUUCGAGCCGAAGCGGCGAUCUACCCAGACUCCCCCGUGUCCUCGGCGCCGGAGAACGGCCAGCUUCUCCUCCGCAGCGGCGCGUGCACGAGGGGCACGGGCACGAGCGCGUCCAGCGCCAACGCGGACCGAGGCAGCACGGACAGCGCCUCCACGGCGGCUCGCGCCAUGACCUCCGGCUGCGAAUUCCCGCCGUCUGCGCCGCCCUUCGUGCCGCGUUCCGCCAAGAACCUCUUCUACAAGGUGCUGUGCUUCGCGUUGCUCCUGCUGCAGGGCGGGAUCCUGGACUUCUACCUCAUCGCGUUCACCGACCUGUACUGGUGCUCAUGGAUAGCCACGGACCUCGUGGUGGUCUCCGGGUGGGCCAUCUUUUUCGUGCGCAACGCCAGGAGCAAGCGCGAGCGAGCGUGCGGCUUCCGGCAGAAGAGCUCGCUGUUCGGCUGCCACCUGGGCGAGUUCGCGUUCGCGCACCUCGCCUGGCUCGUCUACGUGAUCGCGUGCGCGCCGAAGGUGGCGCUCGUGCUGCAGACCUCCAUCCUGGGGCUGGUGGCGCGAGAGGUGCCGCUGGGCGCCGCCGGCUUCGAGGCCACCGCGCUGCUCGCCGCGCCGCUGCUCUUCUGCCUGAUUAACUCGCUGGUGGAGGACCCGCACGGCGCGCCGCGCUACCACUCGCAGAGCUGCUUCGUCAGCACCUGCGUGGACGUGCUGGACAGCUUCACGCUGGUCGACCUGCUGCUCGUGCAGAACGAGAUCCCGGACAACGCGUACCUGAAGUACGGCGUGAUGGCCGUGUACUUCGUGGCCCUGGCCGUGCCGGUGCUCUGGCUCUACGAGCUGUCGGCCGCCUCGCGGAUGCGCUGCCGCUGGAUGUGCGCGCGGUUCCUCAGCGGCGUGCUGCUCGACGCGCCUCUGCUCGCCGUCAGAUGCCUGCUCGUGUUCCUCUACGACAUGCCCGUGUCGCUUUUUAUGUUCAAGAACGUCUUUUUCUUGGCGUGCAAAUGCCUGGAGCUGGUGGAGCAGUGCGCCGGCCUGAGGAGCGUGCGCAGACUGGCGCGCGGGGGAGACCCGGCCCAGUUCUCACACUGCGUCUCGGAGAACGACAUGUGCCCGCGCGGAUACGUUAACACGCUGGCUGUGAACACUCAGCCCUGAUGCUAAUGCUAAUGCUGCUGCUGCUGCGGAGAAUAACACUUUACACUAUAUUCCCAAGAUUAUUAUUAUUAUUAUUAUUAUUAUUAUUUUAUUUAUUUAUUUAUUUUCACCAAAUAACCAGCCUUAUGGAACGCCGUCGCAAGACCAACAUCCUCAACAGGUGCUACAACCAAACCGAUCGACGUGCCAGUGAUCAAGGCAGAAUCACAAAUGCUACUCCCUAUGGUGUGAAAUAACGGCUUUUUACACGUCAUACAGGCUCGAUAGAUACACACCAGGGUCUGUCUGAAGGUCCCAGAACGCCUGUGUUUGAGAGCGUUCUUAAAAGUGGGCGUGGCUUUGGCUGGGAAUUCUGCCAUUGCCUGUAUUCCUCUGGUCCAAGCUGAUCUAACCGUUUUUCUGUUGUAUCUUCAGUUCAAACCCCUGGACUGUCAGUGGUAAGGUAAGAGAUUGCCCUACCGCUGAUGCCACUUGCAUUUUACUUACAUUGAUCUGUAACUUCCAACCAUUCUGUUGGUGAGAUAGAGGUUUGGUAAGAUGGUAAGAACAGUGUUGGACCAGUCAAAUACAGGCAUUAAUGUUGUAAGAGCUCGCUAACCUGAGAUGAUUGCUUACUUGUGACCUUACAUCGUAUCCAAUGAAAACUCCACCCUGAAGCACGUUGCUAUGUUUGUGAUGUGCAUAUCGCUGCUAAAUGUUUUUAUUUAUUUUUUUUUGGUGCUGUACUUGUUUCCUUAUUCUCAUGUAUAGGAAUAAAAAAGUUGUGAGCAGCUCUGAAGGCACAGCAAGAUGUUGCAAGCAAGGUCAGGUACAAUGGCAUUUAAUUAGAGCCCACAUUUUCAUUAAUCUUAUAUCAUAACAGAUUAAUUUUCACUCAGUGUUUUCCAAGAAUUUUGAGCGUCAUACACUAAUAAUAAAUCCAACCAAGGUGAAGAAUCCCAGAAUGCAAUGCAUUUACAUGAUGAUUGAAAAUCAUAUAUAGUCAUUCAGGGUGGAUUUUUUGUUUGUUUGUUUUAAACUGCUGAAUUACGCCAGCAGAGACUAGGAGAUGAUAAAUGCAAGGGCAUUGAUGGCAGUAUUAGCAUUAAGCAAGCAUUAGUUAAAUGGUCCCCCCCCCCCCCCUUUAAUUUUUCAUACUUAUCAAAUACAUAACAUAACCUGACCUGAGUUUCUUAAUUAGACCUUCGAAUCAUUAUGUGCACUGUAAACACCAACAGGCUAACUAACCUGCACUACCCUGACAGGAUUUUACGAGCGGUAUUAACAUUAAUAAGAGUAGCAUGCAUAGUUUUCACUGCCAAUGCAAAUAUCUGAUUGAUGAAAUCAUAACAUACCUCUAAUUCCUGCAGUGCAUAUUAAUGAGGUUUUACAUGGCCACUGAGGUUCUGAGAUUUGCAGACAGAUCCUACUCUAGCCAUUCCACAGAAAUGGUUGAUACUAGAUGUUUGAUAUUCAGCAUCGCAGUGUUAUACAUACAUUAUUAUUAUUAUUUCUAUUGUUGUUGAUUUAAUUUUGUUGUUUUAAUCCCGUAACUAUUGAAACUCGAGAUGUACAAUUCCAAAACCAACUGUGAAGGUCAAAUAGGAUAUUUUGCACAUAAUAGAAUGUAUAGAUUAGAAAAUCUUUAAGAGGAACACCUGUAAUUCUUACAUAUUAUAUGCAGUUAUCAAAUCAGCCAGUCAUGCAGAUACAGGUCAAGGGCUUCAGGUUCUGUUUACAUCAAACAUCCAAAUGAAGGAAAAAAUGUGAAAUUAGUAACCAUGUCAUGGUUGUCGACACCAGACAGGGUGGGUUUAUUAUUUCGGAAAUGCUCUUGAUUACAUGCUAGCCAUUGUACUUUGUUCCCAGAUUAGCAAUGCAAGCUGAUUACAGUAGCUACAUACCUUUACUAGAG